GCCGCCGACCUCCCCGCAAGGAGCAAAGAUGGUUCCUCUGUGGAUUUCCCGCCCGUUCUUCCUGCUCGCCGUCACCGGGAUCACGUGCAACGCCAUCCUGACCUUUGUGCCCCGCCCAGAUCUGUACAACCGGAUUGCCAACAAACACCUGCUCAGCGAGGCGCAACUUGGAGAGCUGAUCAACGUCCCAGCCUCUGGGGUCUACCGCGAACUCGUGGCGAAGGACUGCAGGGCGGCUUACUUGAACCUCAGGAGAAGAAGCGGAUUCUACGUCAUCUGGCCCAAAGACUCCCCCCCGAUGGUGGUGUAUUGUGACCUCGGCUCCGAGGGGGACGGCUGGACCGUUCUGCAGAGGAAGCUCGCCGAUGACCACGCCUCCUUCGGGUCACGUGAUUGGGAAGAAUACAAAAAUGGGUUCGGUCAUCUCCAGGGCAGUCACUGGCUGGGCAACGAGUUGAUCUAUCUGCUCACCCGGCAGAACGCCUUCACCGUCAGGUUCCUCCUGGUGGACAGUCAGGGCAAUCGGCACCACGCUGACUAUUCCAGCUUCCGGGUGGACAGCGAGGCCAAGGGGUAUUCCCUGAGGUUGGGGGAGUACUCGGGCAACGCCAGUGAUGCCCUCACCCUCUGGAACGAGUCGGGGAUUCACGACAACAUGGUGUUCUCCACCAAGGACAGGGACAACGACCGGUGGGACCGUAACUGUGCCGACGAAUUGAGCGGAGGGUGGUGGUUUGACAAUUGUCGCUCCGCCCUCCUCAAUACGGACGGCGAGGUAUACUGGGGGGGCGUGUGCAAUGAGAAGAACCCGUGUGUGACCACCGGAAUUCUGAUCAGACCAGGCAGCAAGAACUGCUCCCCCAUACCGCUACCGGGGGGCGGGGAGUACUAUCCCAUCCACUAUGACUAGAAUGGGGGCGGAGUCAUGGGGAAACGCCUACAAUUUGGUUAAAGUGUUUGUAUAGCCAGGGAUUUUUUCUUUUUUUUUUUAUUGCAAAUAAUAGUAAAAGAUUAGAGCCUCUGUCUGGUUUUUAGGAGGUUGCUCAAGAAAAGCAAAGCGACCCUUCGAAGGAAACGCAGAACGCGACGCAAAGCCGAAAAACACAAAAAGAGCGCCAAACCAAACGCCGAAAGAGUCCGAGUAGCUUCAACCUCUUGCUGCCGCCCCUUUAAGAUCCGUUUACACUUGUGUGGCUUGUCAUGCACUAUAUACACUAUAUUGCACAUUGCACACUCCCGCAUUAUAUACACUAUAUUGCACAUUAC